AUGUUAUUGAUCAAGCUCAGUCACACUCCAAUGGAGUCAACGGCCCGAAAUCGGUUUUUACUUAUCUUCUUCUUCUUCUGUCUCAACACAAAAUUAGCCCUUUCAGCAGCCUCUCUCUUCCCCAAAGAAGCUCUACCCACAAAAUCAGGCUAUCUUCCAGUCAAUCCCAGUUCCGACUCCACCAUUUUCUAUCUCUUCUAUGAAGCUCAGAAACCAAUAUCAACUCUCUCCAAAACCCCAAUUCUCAUAUGGCUCCAGGGUGGCCCGGGAUGCUCCUCCAUGAUCGGAAAUUUCUACGAGCUAGGUCCAUGGCGUGUCAAUUUCAACAAAAAACCCGAUGAACCACUGGCACUCGAACCCAACCCGGGUUCGUGGAACCGGAUAUUCGGUCUACUUUUCAUCGACAACCCGAUCGGAACCGGGUUCAGUGUCGCAUCCAAACCCGAAGAGAUACCCAGAAAUCAGACCAGAGUCGCCGAACACCUAUUCACAGCCUUAAAGGCGUUUAUCAAAUCAGACUCAUCAUUCAAAUCUCGGCCAAUUUAUAUAACAGGCGAGAGCUAUGCGGGAAAGUACGUUCCGGCAAUUGGGUACUACAUUUUGAAGAAGAACGCCGAGUUACCGAGCUGGGAUCGGAUUAAUUUAGCAGGAGUCGCGAUAGGAAACGGGUUGACCGAUCCGGAAAUUCAAGUAUCGACCCACGCGGCAAACGUUUACUUCUCCGGUUUGGUCAAUGAGAGGCAAAGGGGGGAACUCGAAAUGCUUCAAUCGGAGGCCGUGGCUCUGACCAAGGCCGGGAACUGGAGCGCCGCGACGGACGCGAGAAACAGAGUACUGCAAAAGCUUGAGAACAUGACGGGUUUAGCCACUUUGUACGAUUUUUCUAAGAAGGAAGCUUACAAGGACGAGAUGGUAGAGGAGCUUUUACAAAACGACGACGUUAAGAAAGUGUUGGGAGUGAAAGGGUCCGUAGUUUAUGAGAUAUGUAGCGAUUUGGUGGGGGAAAUACUCCACGAGGAUGUGAUGAAGAGCGCGAAGUACAUGGUGGAAUGGCUGGUGAAGAAAAGCAAGGUUUUGCUUUACCAAGGGCAUUUUGAUCUGAGAGACGGCGUCGUUUCGACGGAGGCUUGGGUGAAGACUUUGAAUUGGGAAGGGAUUGAGAAUUUUUUGAACGCAGAGAGAAAAGUUUGGAAAGUGAAUGGAGAUGAACUAAGUGGGUAUGUGCAGAAAUGGGGUAGUUUAACGAACGUCGUCGUUUUGGGGGCUGGUCAUUUGGUGCCCACUGAUCAAGCUUUGAACUCUCAGGCUAUGAUUGAAGACUGGGUUUUGGAUAGUGGGUUGUUCCAGAAGGGGAAUUAUUCGACUACUUUUAUGAACCAAAUCUGAAAGUAAGGUUGUUACUUGUUACUUGUUACUUAACCAAAUAAGUGAUUUUAUUAGCUAGAAACAAACUAAUAUAUCGUUAUUUGUUAAGACAAGACUAUUGCACAUGUCUAGUGUUUCCAGGAAGCAAGGAAUUGAAUGUUCCCUCACCCAUGAAAAACUGCCCAAAUAAAUAAAUAAAUAAAUUUCUUUAGAUCUUAUCCAAA